AUGCCAGGGGAAAAACACCACAGACAUCACCGUCAUAGGAGUCACGGGGAUAAGACCAGUAAACCCUCAGUGGAGACGACUGUAGAGGAAGAGAACCAAGAAGAAGACUGGAAUGCAAACCGUCAGCGCAUUGAACUUAUCUGUCAAACUCCUCCCAAUAAUACGUGCAAUGAUUGUAAUAGUAACGGUACACGAUGGGCAUCUGUGAAUCAUGGUGUCUUUUUAUGUAUAAGAUGCUCUGGUAUUCAUCGUUCACUCGGUGUACAUGUGACAAAAAUAAAAUCAACCAAUAUGGACAAAUGGCUCGCAACAGAAGUUAAUUUAAUGGAAGCUAUUGGCAAUAAGAAAGGAAAACUACUAUAUGAAUCUCGUCUACCAAAAGGGAUGAAACCCAUGACAGGUGCUGAGCAAGAAACAACGUUAAGGACGUUUAUUCAACAGAAGUAUCAGGAAAAAGCUUUUGCAGUCGAAAAUGUAAAUGAGAUUCUUCGACAGUAUUACAAACAAACACGUUAUGGGAAAAAACCGAAGAAAAGUACAUCCGGUGCGAGUCACACCAUUGCAAGAGGAGGAAGUGCGGCUGAUGCUGGAAGCACCCAGCAGCGUGAAGAGACUAUGAAGGCACUCUAUGGUGUCAACGCAGACGCCAUUUCAAAGAAGUCAAAGAAGAUAAAACCCGUACAUGGCAUAUUUGGAGUAGUAAACGUUCCACUUGAUGAAUACGAUAAGCGUCGAGAAGCUCUUUUGGCGCACUUUAACCUUUUAGAACCCUCUGUUGCUGGCAUUGUUAACACUGUCUGA